UUCACUGCUGGAGGGCUGGCGAGAGAGACAGUGCAACAAGAUCUUUACCCAGUCCUCUCCUCUGUGAGUUUUCCAGCUAAUAGCCUCCAUGCUUUCUUUGACUGAGCUCUUUGGUCUUGUAUUUGCCAGCUUUGUUCAGUACUGGCGUGGCUAGUGUGGGGGCCAGCUGUCAGUUUGUGAGCCGUAAAGAGAAAAAGCAAGCUCUUUUGGAUUUGUCAGGAGUGAAAACGUCCAGAGGCACUUUACCGUGUUGCUCUGAAGCAAGGUGCUGUGAGACUGACUGGCUGGCGCUCAAGAGAAGAAGGAGGAACAGCUACCUGGAGGCUCUGCUUUCGGAUAUCUGCAGGCUUUUUGUAUGACAAUUCAUUUGUAAAGCAGGACAGGCAGGGAGGGUGGGGAGUGGGGAAGGAUGAGUGGAAGCAGCUUCUCCUGGGACCAGGCCAUUCUCCAGCCCGCUGUGUGCGAUGCCUGGAAGGAGCACACAGAGGGAGCAGCAUACCAGCUGGCCAGUUGCAUAGUCCUCCUGGGGUACAUGGGGGGAAGUGGCAUCUUUGGCUCCCUCUAUAUCUUUGGCCUGCUGGUCCCAGGCUACUUCUGCUAUGCUCUCUGGGGCUGGCUGAGUGCCUGUGGGCUGGAUAUCUUUAUCUGGAACAUGCUGCUAGUCCUAGUCUGCUUGCUUCAGCUGGCUCACCUGGCUUAUCGGUUCCGCAAAGACAUCAUCCCAGAAGAGUUCGACCUUCUCUACAAGACCAUGUACCUGCCCUUGCAGGUGCCCCUGGAAGUCUACAAAGAAGUUGUGAAGUGCUGUGAAGAACAAGUCCAGUCAUUAGUUAGAGACCAGAAUUACGCAGUAGAGGGCAAGACGCCCAUCGACCGCCUCUCGUUGCUGCUGUCUGGCAGGAUCCGAGUGAGCCAGGAUGGACAAUUCCUGCACUAUAUAUUUCCAUAUCAGUUCCUGGACUCUCCAGAAUGGGAGUCAUUGCGGCCCUCUGAGGAAGGAACUUUCCAGGUCACGCUGACGGCUGAGACCGAUUGCAGUUAUGUCACCUGGCCAAGGAAGAAGCUGUAUCUCCUCUUGAGGAAGGACCGCUACGUUGCCCGCCUCUUCUCAUCGCACCUUGGCUACGACAUCUCGGAGAAGCUGUACUCCCUCAAUGAGAAGCUCUUUGCCAAGUUCGGCCUUCGCUUUGAUAUCCGCUUGCCCAGCCUCUACCAUGUCCUAGGACCAGCCUCCUCAGAGGUGGAGGGGGAGCUGGAGGAGUGUGAGGAGCUGCCGCCUCCCCCUUCGCCUGACUGUGUCCAGUCCAGCACCUCAGAGCCUCCUCCGCAGCCACCACCGCCUCCGCCUGCUCCACACCCCAAGGCCUCCCGGCCUGACAGUGACCUGCUGGCCCCUGGAAACCUUCUUUGGAGUUACCCUCAUCCUCUCUUCAAAGGACGAGCCCCUCUGGCUCCCACCCAGACCCCUGAACUCUAGGGAGCAGCAGGCUGUUUGGAUCCCGAAGCCCCUCUGGGGGGGUGUAUGCUCACAUAUGUUUCUACCAUAUGUUUCCAUAUGCUCACAUACGUUUCUUUAGCGUGCACUGAAAUGUCUGCCCACAGACGAGUACACUCUGGAGCACAUGAAGCACACUUGUAAGACUGCAGUGUGACACUCCAGCACCUCCCACCCCACGGUCUGUUCACCAGAGCUGCCUGCCUUGAUGCAUUUCUCUGUUUUGCUUUCUAGUCCUGCCUUUUCAAGGUGUGUUGGCAGCUUUGAUACUAAGGUGCACUGAUAUCACUGGAAACAAUACUAGCCUGCUCACAGAAUCUGUUUUCCCUUUGAUUUGAUGGCUCCCAUUAAAGACAGAGAUGAAAUCACUGGUGUUUGAGGAUUUGGAGACGGAGAUGUACUGUUUGAAAGGUGUGAGGUGUUCUCAAGGUGUGGGGGAAAAGACAGUGGACAAUGGGAUGGCUGAAGGCUUUGGUAGCAGAUGUAUGAUGGCAGAGCUUUAGGUAGAGAUUUGGUGUAAUGCGUCUUAAUGGGCAUUUGCUCUAAUCAGACCUGAAAUUCUAUUUCCAGGGAUUUGCCCUUCUCGUAUAUGACAAGCUUCACUUAGCAAUGAAGUUAUCAGUUUCUGAGGCAGAUGACAGAUUGGUUGUUUAAGUUAAUUUAUUUGGAAUAAGAAAGAGGAGGAACUGAGACUGCAUUUCUGGGCUCUCCUGACACAAGAGGCUGGGGCAGGUUUAGGCAGGAGGGGCCUGAACUCUUUUUUCAUGCUCAGUGGAGGAUGGCCUCAAGGUACACACAGAGGCAGAGAGAAGAAAUGAGUGAAUAUGAAAGGUCUGGGGAGACCAGCAGUGAGGAAGAAGUGCAAUACGUUAGAUGAAAGUGGUACAGAAAUUAAAGGCUGCUUCCAAAUUCAGCUGCAACAGGAUUUGGAUGACAAGCUCCCCCGGCCAUUUCUUCUGUCAGGGAAUCACAGAGACAGUAGUACCAGUGGAGGAAAUCCCUAUCCCGCAGAGCCUGGGGCACCAAGUGAGCCUAGGAGCCUCCCCAGCAGUGGAGCAGCAGUGACAGCCCAUGCCAAGUCACUAAGGCUUUCUCAAGGCAGAAGUGCCUUUAGCAUGCCCCUCUCUCCUGACCAUAGUGUUUCUGGUGUGCUUUUGGAUCACCCAGUGAAGCCAGUCCAGGGAUCCAGAGACUGUGGUCUAUAUAAGAUGCGUUUUUUGGCCAAAAGUAAUGGAAGACUUGUCUCCUUUAAUUUGCAGAUACAUCAAGGCAGUGGGGAGAUGGAGAAUGGAAAAUGGGUGGAUGAGUGAGGGCUGUCUUUGUGUAUGUCAGUGUGUCCCUCAUAUUGUAGUCUUCUAGCCAGUUCUUUCCAGACUCUUCCAGGUCUGAAGGCCUACGCUGAGUUCCUGGGACUAGUUUGUGUUUGAUGGCCCCGUAGCCAGGGUGCUCUUUUCUCCUCGUAUUACCUUCUAUUCUGGGCAGUUAUUCAAAGCAGUGCAAAAUGGAUGUCAGCAUGUUACUGUGCUCCUGGCAUCUGUUUCACUUCAUAUGAGCUUCAAAGGGAACAAGCCAGCAGCCAGAAGAGCUGCUCCAGUCCUGUCAUGGGAAGGAGAUCCAUUCUGAUUACUUGGCAGGAGUACUAACAUCAGAUCAAUUGUGUCUCACUUUGAAAGGGUCUUGAAGGUGGGACCAGUGAGUUUCACACUGGAGGUGCUGGCUAACCACACUGUUUCCCCGUGCUGAGGAAAAAUAAUACCUUGCACCUUUAAUAUGAAGACCUUUGGAAGCUUUAAUAAAACACAGAUGAAUCAUCCCAACACUGUCUGUGUAGGAGGAGUGACAUUUAUCUCCACUUUUUCUUUCUUAUAGAUACAAACAUUGAAAUUAAAUGACUUGCCCAGAAUUGCUUUCAGAGCUGGGAACAGAAUUGGUGAAAAAGAAGUCCCAGUCCACCCUUUUAACUGAGACAUCUUGCUGUAAUCAGUGAAUCUUGCCUUUGUUAACGAAUUGCACACUACUUUUCCAAGACAUCCUGUCCCUAAUGCAGGGAGUAAAAAACCCAUCCAGUUCAAUCCUUUAUGGUCAAAGUAUUGUCCAUGAGCAGAAAGAAGCAAUAGGUUUUGGAUUCCUUUCUGUUUCGGGUGUGCUUACAUGCUCGAAAGGCAGUGCUGGGCACAGGCAGCAGGCAGCUCAAAGAAGAGGUCUGUGUUGCCAGGGAGGGUGAGGUUCCAGGGCAGGCAGAACAUGGUCCUGCUGUGGGAGGAGCACAGGGAAGUCAGGCUGUGUUUGAAUAGGCAGAGGUUGCUAUCCUAACACAGAAGCAAGCAAGCUGCUGGUGGACCUUGGGCGGCUUUUUUGAGGAUAUGCUGUGCCCCAGCUGGGAUGAGUUUACCACAGGGGUGUGUGUGUGUGUGGGGGGGGGGGGGGUUGUGCCCACCCCCUCCCAGCAGCAUCUUUCUUGCUCUGAGUGUUCCUGUUUCUGAGAUAAGAGAGCAGUUGUGAACCUGUGCAAUCCUACAGCUCUCCACCUGCAUGACAGCUGAGGCCAGGUCUUCCAGGGGUGCAGUGUACUGAAGGGGAAGAAGAAAGAGAUGUUCUCUGGGUUCUGUUCAGGAAAAAUGCAGCUCAUGAGUCAACUUAACUAGAAUGGCAUGUUCAGUGAAAGCAUGCUGCAUGCCAGAAAUGGCAUAAAGGGAUCAGGAAUGAUGGGGAUCAUGAAUGAAGGUUCCAGUGACUGCCAAAUAAAGGCAAAGUGACAGAUUGCUUCUGAAAAGUGAAAGACAGGCAAAAAUGUAAACAGUGGUCAAACCACUGUGAUAUGCUCAGACUGUAUGUUUCUUGGAGCAGGGACACUUCGCCUUUUUUGGAGACUGCAUUUUGAACACUACAAGAAAUCGAAAGGAUGAUCUCAGUUAUGCACCGAUACUGUAAGCAUGCAAAUAUUUCCAACAGGCCUUUGAAUAUAAGACUUCACUGCUUGGCUCUACAUUGAUCAGGAAGUUUAAGUGCACAACCACACCCAGGUCUGUGUGUAACUAGGAGUCCGUCUGUCACACUACAUUCAAGAGAUGGCAGUACCUUCUCACUGGUUGCGUUAGACUUUGAGGUAAGGGCACAUCUGUUUCCUAAGUCUCUCUGGUGCAUGUUGGUCCUUCUUACUGAAGAACAAGGCAACUUUCCCCAGGCCUGUGUUAAAUGGCAAGUAGUAGUGAGAGGAACAUGCCUGUCCAGGCACUAUUCUAUAGCUGCUUAUUUGAACAACAUAUGGAGAAAUUGGCUCAGUCUGAUCAGAGAGAUGAGUAAAGGCCUUUCCAAAAGCAUCAAAUACUAUUUUCUGUUACAAAUACUGCAGUAAUUUCCUUGCCCCAAUUUGCUCUGGCCAAAGGCUGUGAGGAAGGGAAGCUGGUUUAGGCAGAAGAUCUUUACUUCCAAGGCUAUCCUCAGAGAAAUUCCUCUCAUUCUCCAGGGAAGACAGGCAGCAACAGCUGCCUGGCCUGGAGGGCUAUUGAAGCCUUGCUCCAUCUGCAUCUUCCCAGAGACACUUACACGGAUACAUUCUGAUCCUGAAAUACUUGGCUUCAUGAUCAUGCAGGAUUCAGUCAGAGAAGUGGGUUCUUAGUGUCUCCACAAAUACGCUACUGAUGUUGCCAACAUUGUCCAUUUUCCAAGAUUGAAAAUUGCAAUAAAAAGAGCCAUUUCCUGGCUUCCAGCUCAUACUUCUUUCUGACCCCAGCACUAGACUCAGGUGGAUUCUCUGAAUGUAAGACAAAAGCUAACUUUAGACUGUAAAGGGCCCAUUCCUUCUUCAUUACACUCAUGAAUUUCACUGAGCCAGAUAAUUUCAUAAUCAAGAAGCAGGUAGAUAAACUUGUGAAAUCAUACCCAUAAACGGUAACAUUUCCAUAAAACAUAAUUCAGCCUCCAGAGCAACAGCAUACUGGUAAAAAUGGCAAAUGUCAUAUUCCUUAGAGUAAAACAAAGGGGACCUCCUAAAAAAAACAGCAAACACUGCUUUCCGUUUUUUAACUUAAAAUUAGGAAAAUAAGCUCUUCCUCUUUGCAAUAGGAUGCAACCGUUACUCUUUGCCAAGUUCUAUGGAAGUUCUGAAAUGCCAUGUAAUAUAAGGUAGGCACUGGUAUUACAACUUUACCAUUAAACAAACCUGCAGGCAAGAUGUACAGUUGGAUUUGGUUUUGUACUGUGUGUAGUUUCAAUGUUGUUAAAUGACAUCCUAGUAUGCUAAAAGAGAUUCAUCUUCAUAAAAGUGAAAAAUAUGUUUCUUCACAGUUUUUUUUCCCUGUAACCUCAGAUUUAGUAAUUCCAGGAAAGUUUUGAUUGUGUCAGCAUGCUGUCAUGGUCCCACAUGCAAUCACAGAAAAACAUUCAGUUCCUCUGUGCUUAAAAUACUUUUACCAGUAAAACUAUUUCAUUAUGAUGGUUUCUCUUUUUUUGUUUACAAAUUUAAUUACUCAGUAACUACAGUUAUAUUGGUUCGGAAACAUGUGCUGGUAUAACUUAUUUUUCUUCCCAAUGGGAGUGAUUAUAAAGGUAAUAGGGACUUUUAAACAAUAGGGACUUUUAAACUACACUAGAUUCUUUUAAACAUUUCCUUGCAGUGUACUAUCACAAAGCACAGUGUGAUUCACUUGAGAAUGAGUCAGAGAAAAAGAAAUAAAGCAAACAAACUUAAUUUUAUGCACAAAUUCUUUUUGAUAAAAAUUUGAAAAUUGUCCUGUCUGCACAUUCAAGCAAACACUAGAAAUGCCUAAUUCAGCUGAAAAUGUUAUCUCCCAGCCCACAAAGCUGUUGCUUGAAUGAGACAUAUAAGCCUUGCAAUAUGUCCAGCAGUCAAGUGGAGAUCUGCUCAUGGGGAAAUUCACUUAGAUUUGAAAGCUAUUAAUUGGUAAUGGAAACAAUGCAGCCUGGGUAGCCACGCGUGGCCUUGGGCAGAACCAAGUGUGAUUUAAGCAAAUGAUGACUAUUUAAAAUCCCUGUUGUCUUUGUACUUGAGGGAGGGCAUGAAAUACAUGUGUAGCUUAGCUCACUGCAUGUUAAUGCCUAGAUCCACCCCACCACUGCAAUGUUUAGUAUCCCAGCUUCUGUAUUUUCUGUCCUUUGCCCUUGCAGCAGAAUGCCUAACCUAGUGUUAAGCCUAGGCUUCCUACAUAUUGUCUCCAGGAUUGAUAGGGGAUCUGGGUUUGAGUCUCACCUUAUCAAGAAGCAAGUCAAGCUAAUUUUCAGAAGACUGUCCUACCUAUCAGACAGUAGGAAAUAAAACAUUAAAGAUCAGCUUGGCCAAAGAGGGAGGAAAAGCAUGGGCAAGUCAGAUUAGGUACUCAGACAAAAAAGGAGGAAAAACAGUCUUUGCCCUGAAUAUUUAUUGAAUACUUUAUGCACUCCCCAUCUAGUACUAAUACAUAACUAUGCAGAAGAAGGGAGAAUGCAGCCUUGGCAUGUAUCCCUGUUGUCCCUAAGAGCAGAAGAGCCCAGGUGAGGGUCCUAGCCACUGUGCUCAAGUUUCUCUCUCACUUUCGCUGCCCACAGAGCCCUAAUUGCUCUCUACAAAGUGGAGCAGCUGCAGUAGGAACAAGUUGGACCUGCUUUGAGUGUGUGUGUGUGUGUGUGUGUAUGUGUGUGUGUGAUGUCCUGUGGUCCCUUUCAACCUAAAAUACUCUGUUUCUAAGUGACAGUGUCUGUCUCUGCUUUAGCCUUCUCUCUGCUAGCCCAGACCUCAUAACCUGCAGGAAGGCUGUGCAGGCAUACCUCGGAGAUAUUGCUGGUUCAGUUCCAGACCGCUGCAACAAAGCGAGUAUCGCAAUAAAGCAAGUCACACUAAUUUUUUGUUUUCUCAGUGCAAAUAAAAGUUAUGUUUACACUAUACUGUAGUCUAUUAAGUGUGCAAUAGCAUUGUGUCAAAAAAACAAUGUACAUACCUUAAUUAAAAAAUAUUUUCUUGCUAAAAAAUGCUAACCAUCA